AUGGCCUCGCUCGUGGAGCGCAUCUCUCAAGAUGCCGUCUCGCCUCCGCUCCCUCAGGCCGCGGGUUACGCAGUCGUCCUCGGCGUCGGCGUGCUCAUAGCGCUCAUCAUGAUGGCCUUGACGCGCCUGCUCAAGACGACCGUCGGCGAGGACAACAAAACCACGGAGAUGUUCAUGACGGCGAACCGAAGCGUCGGCACGGGGCUCACGGCGUCGGCGGUGGUGUCGUCUUGGCUCUGGAGCACGGCCAUGUUGGGAAGCACGCUCGUGGGCUACAACUUUGGCGUUGCUGGGCCCUUUUGGUUUGCGGCGGGCUGCUCACCGAUGAUUGUCUUCUUCGCGGUCCUUGGCAUCGCGUGCAAGAUGAGGAUCCCAGAGGCGCACACGUUGCUCGAGAUUGUCAGGAUCCGGUACGGGAAGCUGGGGCACAUUGUUUGGAUCGUCCUUUGCCUCAUCAACAACAUCAUUGCCAUAGCCAACAUGCUUCUCGGAGCCAGCUCUGCAAUAUCCGCAUUGACCGGCAUGCACGUCAUCGCAGCGACGUUUCUCUUGCCCGUGGGCGUCGUGCUUUAUACCUUUGUCGGCGGCAUCAAGGCGACGUUCCUGACCGACUACGUCCACACGGUGUGCAUCACCAUCAUCAUCUGCUUCUUCACCGUCAAAACCUUUGUGGUCCCCGAGAUCGGGUCGCCGGUUGGCCUGUACGAUGCGAUCGAGAAGCUGGGGCGUACAAACCCCGUCGUCGGAAACCAAGACGGCUCGUAUCUCACGAUGACGAGCAAAAACGCCAUCCUGUUCGGCAUCAUCCACAUAUUGGCAAACUUUGGGCUGGUCAUCAUGGACACGGGGUUCUUCUCCAAGGCCUUCUCGGCCGCGCCCCAUGCCGUUGUGCCCGGGUACAUCGUCGGCGGCAUCGCCUACUUUGCCAUCCCAUGGUGUCUGGGGACGUUGAUGAGCUUCUCCGCGCUGGCGCUACAGGACUCGGAGCGGUUCCCGACGUUUCCGAGACGAAUGUCGCCCGUGGAGGUGUCCAACGGGCUCGUGCUCCCUUACGCAGCGGUCGCGAUCGCGGGACAGGGCGGCGCCAUCGCCGUGCUCCUGAUUGUCUUCAUGGCAGUCACGAGCACAAUCAGCGCUCAAGUGAUUGCCGUUUCAUCCAUCCUCAGCUUUGACAUAUACCGGCAAUACUUCAAUCGGCAGGCGAGCGACCGGGAUGCCAUCCGAUGGAGCCACAUCGGCGUGGUGGCCUUUGGCAUCUUCUCCGCCGCCUUUUCGACGGCGCUGUACUACGGCAGCGUGGAUCUCGGAUGGACACUGUACAUGCUCGGGGUGUUGACGUGCCCGGGCAUCUUCCCCACAAUCUUCACGAUCCUGUGGAAGAAGCAGUCCAAAGCGGCCGCCAUCAUCUCGCCGCUCCUGGGCAUGGCCAUUGGGAUCGCGGUCUGGCUGGGCUCGGCGUCGGCUCUGUACGGCGAGGUGAGCGUGGCGUCGACGGGCCAGACCCUGCCUUGCGUGUACGGCACGGUCGCAUCGGCGCUCAGCCCCGGCAUUCUCUCCGUCCUCAUCUCGCUCGCGAGGCCGGCAGACUACAGCUGGGCCGACUUCCGAAACGAGCGCCUGGCAUUCGCUAGAAACCCCGCCAACGCGGACUCGGACGAGGAGCUGAAGACACAUGAGGAUAUCGUGCAGCGGUACAAGGACGACAAGGUCAAGCUCAAGCGCUGGGGCAGAAUCGCCGCUAUAUGGGCCGCGGCGACGUUUUUCGGGCACUGGGUCAUAUGGCCGCUUCCAAUGUACGCCGCGAAAUACGUGUUUGGGCGUGGAUUCUUCGUCGCAUGGGUCAGCGUAUCCAUUGUCUGGGUGUGGGCAACGAUGCUCGUCGUGAGCGUCUACCCAGUCUCUGAUGGGUGGCGACAGAUCCGACAAGUGUACCGUGGUUUGCGGCGCCUCCCGAGGUAGUAAACGAGCGCCGACCGCAUCCGACAAGGGGGCCUCGCCGCGAGAUCAACGAGUAGACAGGCCGUCGCGAUGGGCACCGGGGACCUGAGUGGACUUCGGAACCCAAGAAUCGGGAGUCGGGACGACAGCAAGGGCAGGUGGUGUUGGCUGGCCAGCGUUGGUUGUCUUUAUCGCCGUCGUCGUCCAUGUUGGCGAGAUUGCUCGCAACACCGGAUGAAACGGAGUGGCGAGCCAACAAAGGGGAACAAGGGCCCCUUUGUCAGCGGCGAGGACAUACCGCACAUAUACGAGAGGGAGGAUGGUGGCGACUCCUUCUUCUUUUCUUGGGCUCUAUCGCCGGUGCUUAGUCCUGCGACUCUGCGACGAUGCCAAGCGCACCUGGAAG